AUGAAUUACUAGAUAAUUAGCAUAAUUUUCUUGUGCGCAAUCAAAAUAUGUUUUUGUUCUCAUUGUAAGCCAAAUUAAAUUUAUUCUUUAAUAGAUUAAUCUUGUCAUUAGUGUUCAAAUUCAUGUAACACUUGCUUUAAUACGAGUGAAUCUGCAUGUGUUACUUGUGAGGAUAAUCUUUUUAAGAGCUCUGAUGAUAGUUCUACUUGUGUACAAAAAUGUUCAAAAGAUGAAUUUUUAAAUGAAAAUUUAGAAUGUAUGAAGUGUUAAGUCUACGGAUGUGCUAAAUGUGAUACAAGCUAAAUAUGUAAUUAAUGCGACUAAUAAUUUAACCUUGAUAGAGCAAAUAAUCAAUGUAUUUUAAUGAAUAAUGUUUGCCCAUUUUAAACAGAUUUUAUUUAGGGACCAUCAAACCUAAAAUAAUGCAAUUAAGAAUGUCCAUAAAGCUUUUAUUAGAACAUGGAAGCACAAAUUUGCGAAGAGACUGUAAAAUGUAUUUAAAUUGAAGAAAGCUAAAGGUUUUCUUUCACUUAAAGGGUUAAAUAAAUAUAGCCAAUUAAUGAGGAUUAAUAUUUAGUAGAAGGAAAUGCUUGUACUUUUGCUCUAGUAGAUAAUAACUGGAAGGUGAUUAACAUAUAAAUCCUUUAAAAUAUAACAAAUUAUGAUUAAAUAUAUACUUUCGGAGGAAUAGAAACAAAUAAUGAAAGUUUUAUUAUUGGAAAUUAAGGAGGAUGCGUUUCUGGCAGUAAAUUGUUGGUGAUGAAUUUUUAAACAUUUGAAGUUGUAUUUGAGAGUAUUACAACAUUUGAUUACUUUGUUAAGUAUGUAGACUAAAAAAAUCAAAUUGUUUUUAUGCUAUCAUAUUACUCAGAUAACCUUUUAUGGUAUGAUGCUAUUAACAAAAGUUUAAACUAAUAUCAGAUAGAUAUAACAUAAUACAAUGAUUUCUUUAUUUUGACUUCCGUUUCUCCUGCUUUAGUAUCUUACUCAUUAGAAAUUAUAAAAAUCGAUAUUAAAUAAGAUUUAAUAUCUUUAGUUUAAGUUAUAUAACAAUUUGAUGGGUUAAGCUUAAAAUUAUGUAAAUUAUUUCAAACCAUUAGAUUAAUCAUUUAUAACUAACAUAUCAACAAUAACAAAUAUGAUAAUUCAUAUGGAUUAAAAAGUAAUGGAUGUCUUCGUUACUCAAAUUCUUUCUCAGUACAAUGA